UUGAGAAGGGUUGACUGUAAGAUGGCGCUUAGUGAGGUGUAAGUAGAAGAAAGAGGAAAAAUAGUAUUACAUUAAAAUACAAGAGAACGACUUUCGCAGGCGUAGUGAAAUAAUACACAGAUAAAGGGUUUUUCCUUUAUACACCAAGAGAACUGCGUUCGCGUGGUUGGAUCGCGGCACUAAACAGAGAAAGAGUGGAGUGGAGCGGCCUGGCCGAGGCGGAGAGGAUCCCCCAAGUGGGAGGCGAGGACUGCCAUGAACAACUCUCUGGAGAACACUGUCUCGUUUGAAGAGUAUGUGCGUCUGAAAGCGCGCAGCGUGCCACAGCACCGCAUGAAGGAGUUCCUGGAGUCACUGGCUAACAAGGGCCCUGAGGCGCUGCAGGAGUUCCAGCAGGGCUCCACAACCAUGGUGUACCAGCAGGGGACAAACUGCAUCUACACCGACAGCACGGAGGUGGCAGGGUCCCUGCUGGAGCUGGCCUGUCCGGUGCAAGUGCAGGUCCAGCAGUCACCACAGCAGCAGCAGCAACAGCAACAACAGCAGCAGCAGCAACAACAGCAGCAACAGCAGCAGGUGACAUCGGCUCAACUGUCUCCCCAGCUGACAGCAGCGGUACACCAAGCAUCCGAGCAGCAGAUUCAAGUGCAGGUGCAGAUCCAGGGUCAGCAGCAGGCUCAGACAGUUGGCCAGGUUCUGCAGGUUCCCAGCCCUUCUCAGCAGCAGCAGCAGCAGCAGCUGUCCGGCUCUCAGCUCCAGGCAGUGGCCGCUGCCGCCCAGCUGGUGCAGCAUGGGGAGAUCUCUGAGGAGCAGCUGCAGCAGCACCAGCAGAUCCAGGCCCAGCUGGUGGCAGCAGUAGCUGGGGGCCAGCAGAUCCAAAUCCAGACAGUGGGGGCGCUGUCACCCCAGCAGCAGCAGCAGGGCUCGCCGCGGGAAGGGGAGAGAAGAGCAGCGGCCACAAGCGGGGUCCUGCAGCCCGCGAAGAAGCGCAAGGUGGACAUGCCCAUCACAGUGUCCUACGCCAUCCCGGGGCAGCAGCUGGCAACUGUGCUGGCCAUCCCACAGGGGCAGCAGCAGAGCUACCUGUCGCUGAGGCCGGACCUGCUCACGGUGGACAGCACACACCUGUACAGCGCCACGGGCACCAUCACCAGCCCCACGGGCGAGACCUGGACCAUCCCGGUGUACUCGGCGCAGACGCGUGGCGACCUGCAGCAGCAGAACAUCACCCACAUCGCCAUCCCGCAGGAAGCCUAUGGCGCUGUGCACGUGGCCGGCUCGCCCACCGACGACAAGGACAAGAUGGUGGUGGCAGGCAAGAUCGCCGUGAGCUCCGCGGCCGCCGCGUCCACCGCCCCCUCCACCGUGGUGGCGUCCACCGCCGCCGCCACUCCCGUCUCGGCCGCCACCCAGGAGGAGGUGGUGCAGACUCUGGCCAACACGCUGUUCCCGGCGCAGUUCAUGAACGGGAACAUCCACAUCCCUGUGGCUGUGCAGGCGGUGACCGGGGCGUACCCCAACGCCACGCAGUCCGUCCACAUCUGGGACCCCCAGCAGCAGCAGGUGGUCCAUGCCCAGGGAGGUACCGGACAGGAGCAGCAGCAGCUGCAGGGUCAGACUGUGCAGGUGGCAGAGGUAGAGCCCCAACCACAGGCCCCUCCUACCCUGCUGCUUCCCAACACCCUGAAGCCCGAAGAGGGACUGGAGGUAUGGCGUCUCUGGGCACAGACCAAGAACGCUGAGCUGGAGAAGGAUGCCCAGACCAAGCUGGCACCCAUUGGCCGACGACAGCCCCUGCGCUUCCAGGAGGACCUGGUGUCAUGUGCCGUGGCAGAGCUGAACAUCGGCCUGUCUAUGAUGACCCAGGAGGCUCGAGGGCUGGAGGGAGAACCGUUUGAGGCAGACGUGCUCUACUACAUCUUCCUCUGUAUACAGAAGUAUCUUUUUGAGAACGGCCGGGUGGAUGACAUCUUCUCAGACCCCUAUUACACACGCUUCUCCCAGUGGCUGCACCGGGUGCUGGAUGCCUGGAAGCCCAGUGUGCAUCCGCUCGGCUAUGUCAUCCCCAGUCAUGUGACAGAGGAGAUGCUGUGGGAGUGUAAACAGCUGGGAGCCCACUCUCCUGCCACCCUGCUCACCACCCUCAUGUUCUUCAAUACCAAGUACUUCCAGCUGAAGACGGUAGAGCAACACAUGAAGGUUGCCUUCUCCAAGAUGCUGCGACACACUAAGAAGAACCCGUCAAACCCCAAGGACAAGAGCACUAGCAUCCGAUACCUGAAGGGUGUAGGACUGCAGCACGUGGGGCAAAAAGUGACAGACGAUAUGUAUGCAGAGCAGGCGGAGCACCCUGAGAACCCACUGCGUUGCCCCAUCAAGCUCUAUGACUUCUACCUCUUCAAGUGCCCGCAGAGUGUGAAGGGUCGAAACGACACCUUCUACCUUACGCCUGAGCCAGUCGUGGCUCCCAACAGUCCCAUCUGGUACUCCACCCAGCCAAUCACACGCGAGCAGCUGGAGCACAUGCUCACACGCAUCCUCAUGGUGCGGGAGAUCCAGGAGGCCAUCAGCAUGGUAGCGGGGAACAUGCAUUAGGAGAGGGAAGGGUGGUCUGAGAGAGAGGGGCUGACACGGACCAUUCCUUCUCUCUCUCUCUCUCUCCCCUACUGUCCCCUACACCUCAUAUUGUCUUCUCCUUCAGAGAGAAACAGAGGAGACAGACAGAUACACAUACACACACAUACGCAACCCCUCUGAACUGCCAAGCGCCAAAUUAGCUUCUCUGCCCGAGAAACACGAACGCAAAGAAGAACAGUUCUUAUCCUUUGUUUUUUUUCAAGUUGUAUCUUUUUUUAUAAUACAUUCUUAUAUUUUUCUUUAGUUUUACGAAGAGCCUUUUCUUAUCAGAGAUGACUUGUGGGUAAAGUAAUCACAAUUGGCAAAGAACACACGGACUAUAUAUACCCUUUCCUUCUUAACCUUACAGGGAGAAUCAAGGGACAAUUCAUUUGGAAUGCACAUUUUUUUGGUUUUUUUUUUUUUUUUUUUUUUUUAAUUUGUACUCAUUGUUUAAUUUGACAUGGAGGCUGACUGACUGGCCGUUGACUGACAUUUUGUGAGCAAAGCUCAGUCUCUGUUUCUCAUCCUCUUUGGUUCUCCAUUCAUUAUAUGACCCCCCGUGUUCCUCUCCUCUGUGCAUUCAUCCCUCCAUCUCCCUCUCUCUCUGUCCUUUCUCCUUUUCUCUCU